AUGAAGUUUGCAAAGACAUUAGAACGAACUUUGGCAGAAGAUAUACCUGAAGAAUGGGUAGAAGCAGCAAUCAAAUACAAAGCAUUAAAGAAAACCAUCAAUAAAGUAGUUGAUGAGUUACAAUUUCUUGGUUUAGAAAAAAACAAGCUAAAGCUUAUACUCAAUGAUAAAGUCGUUGAUAUUGGUGAUGAUGAAUCGACCACAAGUCCACUGAAUCCCGUCAUUGCGGAGUACACUUUAACUAAACCAUCGCCUGAUAGUCAUACGAUCAAACCGAUGUUGAAGAUUACGUUAGAUUUUAGUCAUGAAGAACUAUCAAGUGAUAAAAUCAAUCAAAUUUGUCAUGAAAUCAAGGAGAAAAUAGAAGGAUUAUUGAAUGAAGAUGAAAGUGAAGCAGAUGAGGAAAAGAUUAUUGAAUUGACUGAAGAUGAAGGUGAGUUGAAAGUUGUUUCAAGUCGGGAAGGAUCACUUUCUCCUCCAAUAUCUCCUCAAUCACCUCAUACCUCACCUCCAUUGUUGGCAAGUGAAGGUAACAAUUGUAGCGGAAGUGGCGUUGUUAAUAAGUUGGAUAAAUUAGUAUUGGAUGAUGAUCAUAAAAGGCGAGAGAUUUACAUUAUGUUGAACUCAGAUAGUAAAUUUUUUAAAAUGUUGGAGGAGGAGCUAGAAGCAUUGGAUUCUUUGAGAAAAGAAGAAGAACUGAAAAUUAUCAAAGAAGUACAACGUGUUGCCCAAGCAGUAUCAACCAUGAAGGACAAGACAUCAGAACUUUACAAAUGGCGUGAGUUGUUCAAAAUUUACCUCGAUUCCGAAGUCUACUUUAAAUACAAUGAACUUGAUUAUGAGCAGAGAGAUAGUGACCAAAUUGAAAAACAUCUUACUGAGUUUUUAACCAAUGUCAACAAGACAGGCAUCCUCACACAUUUCAAAAAGAAACAAAGUGUUGAAACUUAUAAUGAAUUUGUUCAAAUGAAUUUUCAUCUACUAAAGAUGCUUCAAUUUCAAACAAUAAACACUGAAGCAUUACGGAAAAUAUUGAAAAAGUUCGAUAAACAAACAUCAUUAGGCAUACAGGAAAUCUACCCAAAACUUGUAUCAUCAGACCACAUAUUUGUCAGUGGUAAAUCACUAGCUCAUUCAGUUUGUUAUAUAAUGCAAACUUCAGUCCUACAACUCAUACCUCAAUUAGAUGAUUAUUCAUGCCCCAUAUGUACAAAUAUUGCAUAUAAACCCAUACGUCUAUCAUGCGGACAUUUGUUUUGUGUACGGUGCUUAGUCAAGAUGAAAGAACGUGAUAGGAAUGAUUGUCCAUUUUGUCGAAGAAAAGAUGCUAUAUUGGAUGCAGAUUCUGGUAAUUUGGAUUUGGAAGCUAUGCAAAUUAUGAAGAAAUAUUUCCCUAUUGAAGUUAAAGAGAAGUUGAAAGAUCGAAGUAAGGAGAGGUAUCAUGAGUUUAGAGGGAAUGACAAAUGUGUUGUUAGCUAG